AUGAACACGCCUUUUCCCCCUUCUACCAUCACGUCGACAGACUCUUUGGUUGCUGUUACCCUGAUCAUCAUGCUGGCAUCCUCGAGACUCCCCAUCGUCCGUGCCUCUAAUGCAAACUCUGCGCGACUCGCAACAUGUCGCAUCGCAGGUAGACAAACUGCAUCAAAAACUUACUCAACCGUUUCCACACAAUCGUCUUCCUCGUCUGCUAUAUGGAGCCAUGUAGGAGCCGGCGUUGCAGGCGGAACGGUCGUCGUUGCAGGGGGUUACGUGUGGUACCAUUUCUCCGGGGCUAAGCAAGCGCUGGACGCUUCGAACGCUGUGCAGGAGUACUAUGCGAAGACGAAGCGUGCCAUUGUCGAGAAUGCGCCGAAGAACCCUAACGACGUCCUCACGUUCCUGAGGAGCACAGUGAAGUUAUACGCAGGGUUCAUCCCAGGUGCGUCUUCAUACGUUGACGCGACAUUCGACUCCCUCGACGAGCUGCAUGACACCCAUCGCGGUGAAGUGGACAAGAUCCUGGGACACGCAUAUGAUGAGGUCAAAGGUAUCUUGAAACAGAGAAAAGAGGGCUCUGAUGUCGAGACCGGAAUGAAGGUACUGGAGGUUGUCAAGCGACGCAUGGGCGAACUCCAGGGGGUGGGGAAGAAGGUUGGCCAAGACGUGAUGCAGAAUCUCGGAGAUAAGUUUCCGCAGGUGUCCGAGACACUCGGCGGAGGAUAUAAUGAACUCAAGAACAUGGCGGAGAAGAUGGGACCUGAAGCGAAGAAGAUCUUUGACGAUACAACGUGUCAGGUGAAAGACAUAUUCUCGAAGGGCUUUAGCCCGGAGCGCCUCAACCAGGCAAAGGAAUUGAUCCAAGCUAAGACAGAGGCCGUCCGGAAACUCGCCGAGACGUCUUCCCAGGGCGCGUGGAAUAAGGCAGUACAGCAGGCUGAGCCUUACCUUGACAAGCUACCCGAGAUCAAGCACCUGCUUAACGAAAAUGCGAGCAAGUUCAUUGCAGCAGGCUCUGGGAGCAGUACCGUCGCGCAAGAAGUGCUAGCGCGUGUGCGGGAGGCGGCGGAAGCCGGUGUCAGUGGCAAUGAGGAGAAGAUGCGCGAGCUGAGGAAUUUUGUCUCGAAGAAAGCUAGCCAGGCGGAGAACGACGGAAGGGGCUCAAUCGAGAAAGGAUGGGAUGCGCUGCAGCAGUGGAUCAAGACCGUACCGGGUGGAGAAGACGCCCUGGAGAAGACUCCUGAAGUCAAGACGUUCAUACAGCUGUCGCGGGAGCGAAGUGACGAUGCGCAGAAGCUAACGCACGAGACAUAUGAGGCUGUAUUGAAGGUACUGGAGGAGAAAGGUCAAAAGGCGAAGAAAUUAAUCGGGAAGUCGGAAGAGGAUGUGACCGAGGAGACUUCCUCCUGA